UGGUACAUGGGGUGGACGCGGUGGUGCGUGUGCCGUCAUGUUCGUCUUCCUCACUGCAGCCACUUCUCUCCGCAUCGCCGCCGGUGUUUUCGGAGGAGGACGUCCGGCACGAACCGCCCACCGCGGAGCCGAUAGACGGCGUUGACGAACACAAGCAGCAGCAGCAGCCACCACCACCGCUGCACGCCGAAAGUGUCUUCCCCGCAGCAGCAGCAACGACGACGACGCCGGAGAUGUCUGCGGCUCCCGCGGGGCAUUCAAUUGAGGGGCGUACGCAUCCACAAAACCCUGUGUGCUGGAAUUCGGUGCAUUUGGUGGCUGUUGCGGGAGAGGAGGAAAACGUGGAGCCGGCGCCGUACUGCGCAUGUACGUGCACGAAAUUCUGCCAGCGCUACAGAUCUUUACACGAAGUGGAAAAUGUUGGCGAAACCCGCCUCGUGACCAUCGCUGGGAGCGUGGAUGCACACAACGUGAGCCGGCAGGGGGGUGACGAUGAGAAGCAAAUGGUUCAGUCUACACCAGGUGGCAUGGUACUGACCGACAUGUACAAGACGGCAUGCGGCUACACCAUCUACAUUCAACCGCCAAUGAACCCCUGA